AUGCCAGUUCCCCAUCCAGCAAACUCCACUUCCACAACGACAACUGCGAGCGCACCUGCAUCCGCCGUCGCACCAGGCGCGAAUGCAAAUGCACAGGGCAACCAGAAUGUAGCUAGCGCGGGGCAUGUGCAAGGACCGCAGGGGGACAAGACGGCGCAGGAGCUGGAGAAUGAGAGAUUGUACGAGGAGAGGAUGGAGGAGGAGUAUGCUAAGAGGGAGGGGGGUGCUUAG